GAGGGCCGCUAGGAAAGAACUGGGUUGGCCAAUUUGUGAAGCGUCACUCCAUUAGGCUAAAGAGCCUUUAUUUACGAAAUAUCGAUAAUUUACGUACUAGCGCUGACUCGCAAUGGUAAUUGAGAAAUAUCGAAUUACGGCCGAAAAUAUAUAUAACUUUGAUGAAAAGGGGUUCUUGAUGGGAUAUGGGCGAUCUUUGAAAAGAAUUAUGACCAGAGCUACUCUGGAAUCGGGUCGAAUCUCCAAGUCAAAGCAAGAUAGAAGCCGCGAAUUCAUUAGUAUCUUAGCUUGCAUAUCUGUAAUCGGAAAAUGGAUACUACCGCUUUUAAUAUAUCAAGGCGAAUCGGGGGAUCUUAUGAGUACGUGGGUUAACGAAGUUACGACUGAUUCAAAGGCUUAUUUUACGGUUUCGUAUAAUAGAUAGUCAAAUAAUAUAAUUGGGCUAUCUUGGCUUCAAAAUAUAUUUGAAUAAUAUACCAAAC